AUGCAACUGCGAACUGCCUCUUCAACACUAAAGGCUACACUACCAUCUCUACAAUCUGCGAGAUCUCCUGCGCUACGAUCAUGCAUUCCUCGCCCUGAUGUCGCUCUCAAGGUAGCGACCGGUCGGUCGCAAGGCUUUGCUACAGCCAUUUCGCCCCCGACGCCUUUACAUUCUUCAAACUUUGUCGGUGCGAGCCUGCAAGGACGGUCCGGUCGGAAUUACACCAUUGAGCGAGUCCUCCAGGACAGGGAGAAUCGAUUUGUAUACUUGGCACAGGCGGACCACAAGCGCUAUGUACUCAAGAGCCUCUUUGACUCCGACUACAACUAUGCUUUGGCACUGCAGCCCAAGCUGUCGACGAGCCCCUAUCUGAGGGCGGUUUACGAUACUAUUCCCGGCCAGAAAAUGUUCGUCAAUGAAUACCUUACCGAUCACCUCAUGAACUUUGCGUGGAAGCCCAUGCCACUGGCCACGCAAAAACGCAUACUCAGAGAUGCUCUCCGAGGAUUGGCAGCCAUGCAUGCGCACAACAUUGCCCACCUGGACAUCAAGGCAAACAACAUCAUGGUUGACUACCAUGAGACCGACAAGGGCGUGGUCGUCGACCGGGUUCAGCUCUCAGAUCUCGAGGACGCUACUCAUAUUCCUCCAGCCCAGGCGCUGCAGGGUCUGCAAGUGGGUAACCACUGGUGGCGAUCCCCCGAAGCUCAUGUCAAGGGCGCCAUCGGCAAGCCAACUGACAUUUUCUCCUUUGCCAUUGUUUCCAUCUUUCUUUUGUUACGAAGGGUUAUCUUUUGGAUGGACCUGCCUCAGUCCACUGAUUUAAGCUUUGCCAUUCUGGAGAAGCAAAUCUCCCACUUUGCAGAUUGGGAUGAUUUCGACAGCUUCCUAAACUACUUGGGUCGCGGACACCCAUGGCAGCAAAACUUUACCAGAAUGGCCGACUCGUUUGGGGAGUCAAACCCACGCCGACCCUUUUCCAUGUGGAAGAGCGAUGUCUUGGAUGCGGACUUCAAGGACCUCAUCCGGCAAAUGACCAACUUUGACCCAAGAAAGCGUAUUACCGCACAGAAAGCAUUAGAGCACCCUUGGUUCAAGGACGUGCCAGACUUGUAG